AUUAAACAAUAACCCAUCUCCCAAAUAUGGAUCUUUCCCAUUCAACCAUCUUCAUCAUCCUCUUCCUCACUUUCUUGCUUCUUCCAUUUUCUUCAAGAUCAUCUUCCCAUUACAGCACACUAGUCUACAAAACCUGUUCAAACAGAACCUCAUUCAACAACAAUAAUAAUCAAUUAUUGUUAUCAUCUCGGUCUUAUUCACAAACACUCACUUCUCUGUUCAACCAACUCAUUGCCCAGUCUUCCCAGUCCAAGUUCUUUAGAACCAAGGAACUCGCUUUAGACGAAAGCGCCGUCAUCUCCGGCCUUUUCCAAUGCAGAGAGGACAUUGCCAUAGAAGAUUGUUUUAGCUGUGUGAACUCUCUUCCUCCUUACAUUUCAUCAAACACAUUGUGCACCGGUUCCACGUCUGCAAGGGUACAACUUCAGGGUUGCCACAUUCAAUAUAAUACCGAAAAUCUUUCAGCAGAGACAACAAAUGGUGAUGAAACUGAGGGCCGUAACAAUGGUAACAAUAUUAUCAUUCAUAAAGAGUGUGGAGAACCAAUCAGUGAUAACGAGACGUAUUUCAAGUUCAGAGAGUUGAUGGAGAAUGCAUUUGUGGCACUUGAAAAUGAAAUUGCAAAGAGUGAGGAUAGAUUCUGCAGAAGCAGUUACGAAUGGGUGGAGUUGAUGGCGCAGUGUGAGGGUGACUCGGACACUUGCGAGUGCAACGAGUGCGUCAGUGAUGCGGUGCGUUUUGCUAAGGAAGAAUGCUCUGCCUCCAUUUCUGUUCGGAUAUAUCUUGACAAGUGUUUUAUAAGCUAUUCAUACCACUUGGGAUCAUAUGAAAAUCCUGAAAUUCCUACCAACUCCCUCCCAGGAUCGCGCAGUAACAGCCAUAACACCCCAAAGUUAGCAGCAAUAGUUGCUGGAGGGGCUGCAGUUCUAUUCUUGGGUUUUAUUUUCAUCUCUUUGCUUAACUCUCGGCUUAAAAAGAACGAUUAUGAAUAGUAUAAACAAAAAUUCGUGAGACUAAGAGGAUAAUUUUGCAUGCAUAAGAGCCUUAGCUUCUUCGCUUUAUUUAUGUUAUUAUGACUGUAUGUAUUAUUAACGUUAUUGAUGGUGGAAAGAAAAAGGAAGCAAA